AUGAGUAAGUAUCGAAAGAGACUACAAGCUUCUAUUAAGUGUUUGAGGUGGUUAUUACUUCAAGGGUUACCCCAACGUGGUCAUGAUGAAAGUGAGUCUUCGUCGAAUCGAGGUAAUUUUUUAGAACUUCUGAAAUUUCUUGCAACUGAAAAUUUUGAUGUUCGGCAAGUAGUUCUUGAAAAUGCUCCGAGUAACUCUCAAAUGACCUCUCCUACUAUUCAAAAAGACAUCAUUAAUGCUUGUGCAAAAGAAACAACCAAAGCAAUAAUUGAUGAAUUGGGAAGUGAUUUUUUUGCUAUUCUUGUUGAUGAGUCUGCUGAUAUAUCUGAUAAAGAACAAAUGGCUCUUUGUUUGUCAUACAUAAAUAAAAGAGGAGAGGUGAAUGAGCGCUUUCUUAGUAUUAUCCAUGUUGCUGAUACCAAAUCUCUGACACUAAAAGCUACAAUUGAAUCAUUACUUAUGGAGCAUUCUCUCACUUUUUCUAGAACUCGUAGUCAAGGUUAUGAUGGUGCCAGCAAUAUGCAAGCUAAGAAAAAUGCUGAUUGUGGGUGGCUAUUUGUUGAUGUGCUUGCACCAUUAUUGAAUUUUGUGGGUGGUUCACCUAAGAGAAAAGAAUUUCUUCGACAAAAACAGGAUGAACAUGUUGCAGAGGCACUAACAUUGGGUGAACUUGAAUCGGGAACUGGUUUAAAUCAAGAGCGUAGCUUGAGUAGACCCGGCAAUACUCGUAAGGGUUCUCACUAUAGAACCAUUUUGAAAGUGCUUAAUUUGUAUCCCACGAUUCUUGAGUCACUUGAUGACAGUGGAGCUAUUUCUGAUCGUGUUGAUAGGAAUAAAGUUGAGUCACUUAUUCACUUAUUGAUGACAUUUGAUUUUAUCUUUGUGGCACAUUUGAUGAAGAGUAUAUUUUCUAUUACAAAUGAGUUGAACAUGAAUUUACAAAAAAGUGAUCAAGAUAUUGUCAAUGCAAUGACUAUGGUUGAUGUAACUAAGAGACAUUUACAAGAGUUACAAGAUGAUGGUUGGGAUUCUCACAUGGAAAAAGUAACCACAAUUAUGGUUAAGUAUGACAUUGAAAUUCCUAACAUGGAGGAAAACAAUUCUAAUGGGAUUGAGUCCAAACUCCAGCUCGAUGUAGAAAAGCUUGAGGUCACAAGGCAUGUGUUAAGUGAGUAUGGUAAUAUGACUAGUGUUGGCGUGUUGUUUAUGAUGGAUGAAAUGAGAAAGAGAUCACUUUUACAAGGUAAGAUGACAACCGGUUUUGGUUGUGAAUGGUGUGUUAUGGUUGGAUUUGGUCCUGGACUCACCAUUGAGGCCCUAGCUCUGCGGAGUGUUCCUAUACAUGAAUAA